AUGAAGCGAUAUUUCGAUAGCAAGAGAGAAGAUAUAAACAAGAUCUGUCGGUUAGCAAGAGGAGGCCAAGGAAGACUACGUGCUAACAAAAUACGAGGCAAGAGGAACGAAGAUCGCCAUGAAGAAGGCGAAGGCGAUAUGCGUCGAGCUGGAUUAGAAGAAGCAGGCGAACUGGAAUGUGGUCUCGAGCUCGACUUGAGUCAGAGUUAUUUGAAAGCUUAG